UGCUCCUCUAGGCUGCCAAUAUCUCUCUAUAUAUAUCUGACAUGCUCCCUUCAGAGAGCAGGCUGGAAGCAGGGAUUGCAGACACAGCCAGGCUAUGGAGAUCAAGGAGACGAUGGAAAUUGUCACGCAAGAAGCUCUACUCCGAGCACCAGCAGUGGACUACCAUGCCCUGGAUCCGGAGUUUGUGGGCUGCCCCUGCUGUGGCUGCUGUGAUUGCUGUGGCUGCGACUGCUGCUCCUUGCCCGACUGCUGCCGCUCCUGCCCCACCUGCUGCGGCUGCUGCCCCAACUGUUGCCCCAGCUGCUGCCCCCCCAGCUGCGCCUGCUGCUGCCGCUGGUGCUGCUGCCUGCCCAGGCUCCUCCUCCACCUGCCCAAGAUGCCCAGCUGCCCCGUGCACAUCAAGAGGCUCCUGAUCAUCGUGGUGAUCGUCGUCCUCAUCGUGGUGAUCAUCGUGGGGGCUCUCCUGAUGGGCCUGUACAUCACCCAGGUGCACACGGAGGCGGUUUUGCAGAUGACCAUCGAGGGCCUGGAAGGAGGAGACUCGCAGCUGAACCUCUCUGUCAAUAUGGAAGAAGCGGCCACUUUCUAUGUCAAGGACCAGACGAACGACCUAGCCACAGUCAUUUAUGACUUCAGCAAGUUGCUGAUUGGCUACAAACCUUGGCCCGGACAAGCCUGCUAUGUCACCAGGAUGGACAAAGGGAACAUCCAAGGCCUGGACACGAUCCUCAAGGGAUUCCAGACUGCUCUGAGGGAGAAGGAGGCAUUCCUGACAACUCUGGUUGAUCGCUCCAUCUUGGGCACAACAUUUAACAUCCUCUGCAGUCACGUUCCAGUCUUUCAGACUUAGUGAGGACUGUUUUAUUUUCUUAUGCUUUGCAGGUGCAUGCUGGAAGCGCUUCAGCUCUCCAGAGAAUUGCAAGAAUGCUGCUUCCCCUGGACUUCCCUUGCACAGAGAUCAUCCUCAGGUGGCUGUCUGGGUUUUUGCUUCAGGGGGGAAUCACACAGCUAAUUCUGUAAGAGAUUUGACCUAUGGUGGUUUUGGACAUUAUUGAGGCGCACAAAGGCAGGAAAGUGGCUUCUUGGGUUUCUGCUGGGGGUGGGGGAAGAAAUCUGGUUGACUCUGCAUUUGAAUAGGAACCGGCUCAGUUCACACAGAAACCAAAGCAGCCUUUGAAAUCUGCACUUCUCUGAAGUUUGCAAGGAAAUGCUCCAGCCGAGAUGUGCACACAAAUAUAUAUACAGUGGUACCUGUACUUACGAAUAACUCUACUUACGAAUGUUUCUACUUACGAACGGAGCUCCGCCCGCCAUCUUGGAUGCGGUUUAGAUAGGAUUUUUUCUAGUUACGAAUUUUUAGAUAGGGUUGCUUCUACUUACGAAUUUUUUCUCCCAAUGCAUUCCUAUGGGAUUCGACUUACAAUGUUUUUCGACUUACGAAUGUGCGUUCGGAACGCAUUAAAUUUGUAAGUAGAGGUACCACUGUAUAUAUAUCUGUGGCUUAGGAGAAAAGGCGCGUUAAAAAUGCGUAUGUUGGUGCAAAUAACAUAAAAGAUUCCAUUAUAUUAGGAGAAAUUGCAUGCAAUGAUGCAUGUAUUGAGCAAAAUUGCAUUAAAAUUGUGUGUGUGUAUGAGGAAAUGCCCAUUAAAACGGUGAUGAGAUUUCAUGAGGCCCCCUUAAAAAAAUUUUUUUUAAGACUGCAAACUGAUGUGGAAAUGGGGAGAACUGAACUUCAGAUUAAAUAUGGGAAACCAAUACUGACAGAUUCAUCCGUCCGGAGUUCAUGCCUAUUAUUAGCACCUCAAGCUGGGACCACAAAGGCAGUCCUGAGUGGGGGGAAGGGGGCUGAGCCCCCUAGAUUGCAGGCUCAUUGGUGCAGUUAUAAAUUUCAGUGGUCAUGCCAACAUGAGAGAGGUCCCUGCUCUCUCUCUCUCUCUUUCGGGGCCCAGGGCUCCCCUCCCUCUUCUUGCUCUUAUCUGCACAGCAGAAUGCCCAGCUUGCCAAUGCUGCCUGGCAUAAUUACCGGUAGCAUCCAGAUUCCAGACCCACUGUCUCACAUAGGGGAGGGAUGUCUCUGCAUGUGGUGGAGGAGAGAGAGAGAGAGAGAGAGAGAGAGAGAGAGAGAGAGAGAGAGAGAAGAAUUCAGAAAGAA